CCCCCUUACCUCCUCACCGCUGUGUGUCAGUCGCCGGCCAUUCGGGGGCCGCGCGGAGGAGCUGCGUCACGGGCUGUGGCGGGGGAGACCGUGCAUCUAGCCGCCGUCAUGUCUUCCACUCAUCCCCGAGUGAAGCGCGGCUCCGGCUCCCCUCCGAACGGCUCAGCACGCCUCCUUCAGCCCAUCCGGGCCACCGUGCCCUACCAGCUCCUGCACGGCAGCCCCAGCCGCUCCCCGUCCGCCUCUGUGGGGAGUAACACCGAGCCGGGCCCCCCGAGUCCUUCCCCACCUUCUCCGCUGCUCCCACAGCCUCACAGCAGCCCGGAGGCGGCCAGAACCCGGAGGAGGAGGAGCACGUCCCCGGACAGGAGGAACGCCGCGUCCCCUGGGAGCAGAGCUGACCGGUCAAAUUCCCAUCACCUCCGAACAUCCAGCACCAUCAGGCGGACUUCCUCCUUGGACACCAUAACUGGACCCUACCUGAGCGGCCAUUGGCCUCGGGACCCUCAUGUUCACUACCCCUCAUGUAUGAACGAUAAAGCCACUCAGACACCGAGCUGCUGGGGAGAAGAGAGCACCGAGAAGAAAAUAAGCCAUCAGCGCUCGGCGUCCUGGGGCAGCGCCGACCAGCUUAAAGAGCAGAUCGCCAAGCUGCGACAACAACUCCAGCGAACCAAGAACAGCAGUCGACAUAUCAAGGAGAAGGACAGUUCAUCGCCUCUCCCAGGAAACCAUAUAGCAAUCAGUCAUUCUCAGGCUUCGACGUCCCGAUCCAUCCCUAUGCCCACAGCAAGUAUCCUGGUACCAAAAUCCCUAGGCUCCAGAGUCCCGUAUAAUGUUGAAGGGAUAAGUCCUGAACUCGAAAAAGUCUUUAUAAAAGAAACGAAUGAGAAGGACGGAGUCAAGCCUUUGGAGAUCCCAGAUGGGCGCAGAGCACCGUUACCUUCCACCUACCGUAGCAGCAGCAAUCGCAGCAUCGACACCCAGACCCCAUCAGUCCAGGAGCGCAGCAGCAGUCAUUCACCCUGUGCAUCCCCUUCAUGUCCCCCCGAGUCGCAGGAAGGCAGCCCGUGCUCCACUGACGACCUGCUCUUCGACCGGGAUAAAGACAGUGGGAAUAGCUCACCGCUGCCCAAGUAUGCCUCCUCUCCCAAACCAAACAACAGCUACAUGUUCAAACGAGAGCCCCCAGAGGGAUGUGAGCGGGUCAAGGUCUUUGAGGAGAUUUCGUCUCGUCAGCCGCCCCCUACAGCUCUCCUUUCAUGCCCUGACAAAAACAAAGUUAACUUCAUUCCCACGGGAACAGCAUUCUGUCCUGUAAAAUUAUUGGGCUCUUUGCUCAUAGCUCCAGACCUAACCUUGAAGACCCCUCCAAACUCCGCUCCGAGUUCUGCUGUGAGCGCAGUGACUGUCGAGCACCUCUCAUCUCAGGUCUCUUCUUCUUCCCUGACCGACAAUGCCACCAGCAAAGUAGACAACACUGAAACCAACGGACAUGCAACCUCGCAAGAGCAGCAAAAUGGGGUGGAGCGGCUGUCCGAAGACCAGCUGUCGCCUCCCCAUUCUCCUCACAACCAUGUUGUAAUCUAACCCGGGGCAGAGCUGGCCUCUGUGACCGUCACGCUGAACUUGAAGCCAGAUUUACAACUUCUGCAUGUGGUUUGGUUAACGCUGUCUGAUCAAUAUUAAGAAUUCAAAAUUAAAGAAGAAAAACUACUGCUUCGCUUAAAUUCGCAUAUCUGCCAAUGUUUAUCCAGGAUUGGGACCGAAAUGUUUGUUUUUCUUUAAACCUGUCCCCUGACCCCCUUUUCUGUCUCGAACUGAAGACUGGUAAUUAGCACAAAUCUAGCCAUCUCUUCGAAGGAGAACACUGUGGACUCUGCACUUAGUGUCACAGCUGGUAAAACAUCAGCUUUCUGCGCUCGAAACCUGAAAUAAGCUUUGUAUAUUCUAACAAAUCCACUAUAAUUUUUAUUAUUUUUGGUGUAUCCUAUGAGGAAUGCUGUACUAGAGGAUUAGGUUUACAAUUCCGCCAAAUUUUGGCAGAUGUACAUCAGAUAAGGCGGGAGGAGGGUUGAUGUGUAGGAUGUGACCCACUCCCCUCCCCCCCCCCCCCCCCCCCACACACCCCUAAUUCCUCAUGGAGACGUUAAUAGAACAUAUGAUGGCAGAGAUACCCCAGAAGCCACAUCAGUUGCACGAUGCCCGUCCCAAGGCUUAUUUUUCAGGUACUUCAGCUGAAGUCUAAAACUCAGGUAACUUGGAAUGUAAACCACAUCUUAAAACGUGAUUAUUAUAAUAUUUUUUUUUUUUCCUUUUGUGACAUUCCCUCUUGGAUUGGUUUCCAAAACUGUGAAUGUCCAGGACAUGGGUCACCAGAAGAACCAGCAAGCCUUGUAGAAUCAAUGUACAGUGGUGUAAGUCAAGCCUCGUGACCCAACCCCUACCGCCCAGCACCACUACCAUUUAUACAGAGCGGUCUUAUAGACUGUUAGAAUGUUGUCCCACACAAUUCUAAUUUUUGGUAGGUAUUUCAAAGAUGGGUCUUUGUAACGCGUGACCUUCUUUCCCGUUGACAGAUUAUUAUUUUUUUUAUCUCUAACAGCCGUUCCGAAGGCUAAAACCCAUCGGCUUCAUGACCAAAAAGGUGGGCCAUGUGUUGGUUAAAUCUGUAUUCACUCCAGUGCCUGGUCUAUUUAUUGACCAGGAUUGAGUUAUAAAAAUGUGGGGCCCGUCAUGGUUCAUACCUGAUGAUUACUGGUUCCUAGUAAAAUAAAAUAAUAAAAAUCUAUGUUGCCUUAAAAGGGUUUCUUUGGAAAUAGGAAAUGUUUUUUUUAUAAAAAAAAAAUGUUUUUGUCCAUUGUUGAGCCAUAUUUUCUAAUAUGAGCCUUGAAAUUAAACUGGAUUAAUACAAUCUUGCUGCUCUGCCUUAGGCCUCUUGCACAUGAACUUUGUGCAUCCGUUCCGUGCAUUGGGGGCCGCAAUUUGGAUCGAGACCCAUUCAACUUGAAUGGUUCCGUGAUCCGUCCGUGGGCCACUGGCACACAACGUUCGUGUGCAAGAGGCCUUAGAUGUAGAGUAGUACUGCCAUAGGGGUCCGUGUAUCCCCAUCCAGGAGUCCUAGAGGGUAAGGGCUCAUGCAUUGACCGCUGGGACCUGUUCGGGUCUUUUGCAGCAAAUUGAACGUUGAGAGAAGGCAUGGGCAUGUGGACCUGCGCUAAACGGCAUAUGCUGAAAAAAAAUUAUAUAUAUUUUUAUUUAUUUUUUAUAUAAAAUAAAAUGUGGGAUUGGGCAAUUCGUUUAAGAAUUUUUUUUUUACUUGAUGGUUUUUUUUUAUUUUAUUUUUUGUUAGUUUUUUUAACAAGGAGGUCCUCAUGGAACAGAUGUAUUAGGGUGUUUUUUUUGUAUUUUUUUUUCUGGAUUUUCAUAUUUAUGGCCUACCUUCAGAGAUCCGACUCAUGCCGAUCAGCUCUUUUAGGAAGCCGUGUGGUCACAUGUCCUAAGCGCUGAUGGAGCGCUGCCACUUUUUCAUAUAGCUAAUCUGCGGGAGUUGGACCUCCCGCCAAUCUGACAUUGAUGUCCUAUCCUGAAGAUGGGUCAUCGGUAUGAAAAUUCCAGAAAAAACCCUUUGAUCUGUUGCAAACCCAUUAACAGAGAAGAUCCAUCACAUAUCCAAAGUCAUGGUUUUGUUGUGUAAUUAUUAUUAUUUUUUCAACCCCAAAAAUUCUCUCCUUACUGUAGUUGUGAAAAAACCAGAGCAGCGAUGCUAGCGUUAAGUGGACAUAAAAAGUUGUUUGGUUCCUUUGCAGAUAUUAGUUAAACGUAUUAUUAGAUUAAAGUUAUCCAAGCGCUCCUGACUGUUUUUGGAAGUCCCAUAACUGUGGAUUAAGAGGGCACUCUUGCCACCGCUGUGGGACUGCCAGAAAUAGCCAAACUCCCAUCGUGGUGAAUGGAAGGCGGUUGUUCUCCAUUUUGAAGAUAGUUGAGGGUCCUACAUCUGGGACCCUCACCUUUUGGACAUUGUUGGCAUAUCCUAGCGAUGUGCCAUCAAUGUCUCAGAUGGACCAUCCUCUUUAAAUAACUGCGGUAGUUUGUCAGGGCCCCCCCCCCCCCUUUUUCAAGCAAGCCUCCAAUGCAGCAGAGAGCUCCAUGCCUGUGUCGGAACAGAUGCAAAUAUGGCGCUUCCUGGAUCGGCACUGGAACCAGGAUAACGGUGCAGCGUCAAACUAUAUAUUAGGCUUUACAGACCAACUAAAGACCCUUUUUUACCAAGACCUAAUAGGAGCCAUGUGUUCAUUUUCGGAGUGCCCCUUUUACUUUCAAGAUCAUCCACUUUUAUCAUCACCUUUUUGUUUAAAAAAAUAAAUAAAAAUAAAUUCUCAACUGAAAUUAAAAAAUAUUAGAAUGUUUUUUGUUUUUCUGUAGAACAAAAUAACUGCACAAAGAAAACAAAACUCCUUUUUGAAACCUAGCACAAGCAAUACACUGAAAAUCAAAAAGUCUAAAGCCCACCCCAGAGGUGAGAUCUAUUUUUCUAGUUUUGAUUGCUCAUGAUUAACUUUUUCCUACAAUCGGAUCAGUAAUUAAUUUUUUUUUGUCUGUACUUUCCACACACCCUGUGCAUUGCCAAUGUUUGUAACACGUGGCCCAGCACGCCACGUCCCGUACCAAAAUUCCUAGAAGUAGUACUGUUUUGUUUUGCACACUUUUAACGUAAACUUUAUUCCAUUUUUUUUAAUGUGUUCUCUUCUGUUCGAUCCUUCUGUACAAUGUUGCCUUUGUCUGUUCUCAAUGAUUCCUUGUUGCCGUUGUUUCUGAAUGAAUGAUUGUAAAAAAAAUACAAAAACUUUCAGCUUAAUGACCAUAGGUGGACAAUUGAGAUAUUUAAUUUUUUCUAUUUAUAUUUUUAUACUUGUUUAAGCCUAAGUAGCAGGGUUUUUUUUUUUCUUUUGUUGCUAAAGCCAGUUCUUACAGUAUUUAGAUAAAAACACUGCAGAAAGGAAUGGCACUUAUUGCAAUUAAUCUCAGGUCUUUACAAAAAAAAAACUAAAAUAAAAUUACAUGGAAUGUGUGAACAUGACUGUGGAUAGAUAAUUAUUUAUAUUCUCGAAUUGCAAUUUAAAAAAAAAAUUUUUUUUUGUUGUCCUCCCAAGCUCAUGUUUAGUUAUCUGCGCUUCCCAAUGAGAACCAUCACACCAUUGCAUGUUAUGAAUGUCACUCGCGCAGAAUAACGCUCAUUUAUGCACCUUCGAGAUGCAAACUUUUACAAAUUUUUCAUUUUUUUUUUCUUUUUCGUCCCUUUCUUUUUUGACCUCAUUAAAUCAAGGUUAUAGAAAAAUCUAUCCCGACUUUCCGCACAUGUCCUAGCAAUCCUCCCGUUUGGUCUAUUCUAAAACGUAGAAUUAUUAUUUUUUGGUUAAAUAUCAAUGAAAGAUUUGUACAUAGUCGUUCUGUUAUUUUUAGCCGACGUGCUUUACAGUAUUCCUGUUACCACACAAUAUUGCUUCGAAACAAAAAUGAA